CUUCAUUUUAUUUCCUCUUUAUCCACACAUCACCAUUCUCCUCCUUCUCCCUCUUGUUCAUUCAGAGCAUACAAACACAAUUCCAAACAUGGCUUCUUUAACCAAUUCCAUGUUAUCUUUCAAAUUAAAAUGUUCUCACUUUUCUCCAAUUCGCCCCUCUCGUUGUUCCUCUUCUCUCCUCCAACUCACUUCAAAGCUUCAGAACUCACUCAAGCUCACCUCCACUCACUGCAUUUCUCCCUCUUCUUCACUUCUUCUUCGUAGCAACAAGCUCUCGGAAUCAACAUUGGUCUCCCAAACUAGGCCCCGGACUGUAACUGUUUUCGCUGCUAAAGGCUACAAAAUGAAGACCCACAAGGCAUCAGCAAAGAGGUUCAGGGUGACUGGUAGCGGGAAAAUAGUGAGGAGGAGGGCUGGAAAGCAACAUUUGUUGGCUAAAAAGAACACCAAGAGAAAAUUGCGCCUCUCUAAAAUGCACCCCGUUAGCCGAAGCGACUACAACAAUGUUAUCGGUUGCCUGCCAUAUCUCAAAGUCAAUAGAAAUGCAAAGUAGAGGCAGUCUUUACAUUUUGCAGAAGGCCUGUAUUUUCAUUUCCAUGAAAUAUUCUUACUUUCAUGUAAUCACCAUUGUUUUAUUCUCUUAAUCCAGCUAAGGAUGGUUGAGUUUUCCUACCUUAAAAUUCCCAUGUUUAUUUCUCAAAGCUCAGAAGCACUUUCAAAGCAUGUCAAAACUAAAAGCUGGAUUCUUUCAAGCAAAA